AUGGACCGGUCUAAGGCCGACAUCAGCCCAUCCAGGCACGAGACAGCAUCGGAAACAAAAUCCCCAAGCUCAGUGCCAACCCUGGAUGAGGAACAGGCCGAGCGGACAGUGAUACGGAAGAUUGAUAUCCACAUCCUCCCUUUCGUCGUCCUGUUAUAUCUCUUCAGCUUCCUAGAUCGAGUCAACAUUGGCAAUGCACGCCUAUACGGGCUAGAAGAGGAUCUAGGCCUAGUCGGUGACCAGUAUCAAAUCGCCGUAUCCAUCCUCUUCGUAACAUACUGCUUCUUCGAGGUUCCCUCCAACCUCGUGAUCAAAAAGCUAAGACCAUCCCGCUACAUCGCAACCAUCUCAGUCCUGUGGGGGAUAAUCGCGACCCUCACAGGAAUUACUCAAAGCUAUGGUGGCCUUAUCGCCUGCCGCAUCCUACUGGGCGUCGUCGAAGCAGGACUCUUCCCAGGCUUCAUGACCUACCUAACCCUCUUCUACGGGAAACGUGAGAUCGCCCUGCGAACCGGUUACCUCUUCAGCAGCGCAGCCAUAGCCGGCGCGUUCGGUGGUUUACUCGCAUACGGCAUCGGGUUCAUGGAUGGUAUCUGCGGACUACGAGGCUGGCGCUGGAUCAUGAUUAUCGAAGGGAUGCCGACUGUCAUUCUCGGGGUGGCGACCUGGUUUGGGUUAGCAGAUGACCCGGACACGGCGUACUACUUGAACAAGGAAGAGCGUGAGCUCGUUGCGCGUCGACGGGGUCGCCAUGUUGGGCAGACGGAGUCUGCACAGAAGUUCCACUGGGCGGAUGUUAAGGAUGGGGCGCUGGAUUGGAAGAUAUGGGCGUUUUCCGUUGGCCAAUUUGGUGUUGAUACUAUGCUUUAUGGGUAUAGUACUUUCCUUCCGACUAUUAUUAAGGGUAUGGGGAAUUGGUCGACUGCUGAGGUUCAGGCGUUGACUAUCCCUUGUUAUGCAUUGGGUGCUAUUGUCUAUCUGGGGAUUGCCUGGUUGAGUGAUCGCACCCAGCACCGUGCUUCCUUUGUGUGUCUGUUCAGUGUGAUAUCUGUUGUUGGGUAUGGAAUCCUAAUCUCGGACUCGUCCUCGGGUGUGCAUUACUUUGGUGCCUUGAUGGUUGCACUGGGGUUGUAUGUCACUGUCGGAUUGCCGCUCGCCUGGUUACCCACCAACCUGCCGCGAUAUGGAAAGCGCACUUUUGCCACGGGUCUGCAGCUUACUUUUGGCAACAUCAGUGGUGUCAUGUCCCCUUUCUUGUACAAGACCUCCGAGGGUCCGCGUUUCGUCCGAGGAAACGCUGUAACUCUGGGCUUGGUCGGAUUUGCAGGUAUCCUUUACGGCGCCAUGUGGGCUUACUAUCGCUUUAUCAACAAGCGCAGAGUUCAAGGUCUAGAAGAUGAGAAGAUCUCAUCGUUGACCGAGGAGGAUAUUCAGGAAAUGGGUGAUCGCAACCCCAGAUUCCUUUACAGCACUUGA